AUGUCUCUCCAAACCCCCAGCUACGAUCCUCCCCAAACAUCUCUUCCUCGGCCACAUCCUCAUCUCACAAACCGCGCGCGCGCAUACGACAUUAUAUCGACAAACUUUUCCAUCGCUCAACUCAGUCUCGCUAUCACCGCGACGGUGAAACGGAGUCCGUUGUCGAUCUUAUUCCUGAGUCAAACUCCUGAAUUAGAUCUUGGAGGCUUGAAAAAUGAAGCUGUCUUCAUGCAAGAUCUUGCUACAAGCUUAGAUCCAACUUGUCGAUAUACAUUCCUCAAUUAUCUAAGUGAGGAGGGCAUGUUGGGAGAAUGGAUGGCCAAAGGGGAAAUGAAUCCAAGUAUGGAAGAGUGGACAGAAUAUGUUAAAUGGUGUGUGAAGGUUGUUAGGGAAGAAGGAUGGAUUGACUUCUCUGAAGGUAGCGUAGAGGGAGCCGAGCAGAGAGGAAAUGGAAGAGCCAUUGAUCUUAUGGUUUCUGGAGAGAUGUUCAAGGCGGAUAUAAUUUUGGGUGGGAGUGAAGAGUCCAUGACCUUUGCAAAUGAAAGCGAGGUAUUAGAUAUGCUCCAAGCUACAGAUGCGUUGCAAAACUUGUGCGCGGCAGCUUCAUCCUCUAAUCUAGCCGCACUCACAACACAAAACGAGAAGUUACUAUCGCAAUACGAGAAAGAACAAGCAAGCAGAAUGGUCAGAGCAUUGUUGUAG